AUGGACCGGCGACGGCGGAAUAACGAGGCUGCCAAGCGUUGUCGGGCGAAUCGAAGAGCCGUUUUCGAGUACAGAAGUCGUCGUGUGCAGCUCCUUGAAAACGAGAAUGACCACUUGAAAGAAGAGAUCGCUAAGCUGAAGAGAGAAGUCGAUCAAUUCAAGUCCAUGCUCACCGCUCAAAACAUUAUGGACACUCAAUAG